UUCAUCGCCUUGAUUUUAUUCCAAUUAUUCAUGAUAAUGUUGGCAGCUGAAAUUUCUCGUCUAGUGAGACGUCAUUUGAUUAAACAUGCCCGCUUCUGAUGUCUCCUGUUACUCAAUGCGUGGAUCUGCGAGUGUAAGUAAUCUUUACGAGCCUUCACAAACUCCAAUCCCACAAACUCCACUUCAACAUCAGCCAACACCGCCCUGACGUCAACCACUAAGCAUCUCUAACGAUUCAUCAUGGCAACCGAUUUGGAGCAGCUGUUGGAUAUGGGCUUUGAAGAAGCCCGGGCUAAGCUGGCUGUCAAGAAAUCCGGCGGCCUCCAAGGAGCUCUCGAAUGGCUGGAAACCAACCAGGAUAAGACUCUUGAGCAAAUCCAGGAGAGUUCUGGUGGCCAGGACGAUGAAGAUGAAGACGCCACCAAGGCUAAGAUCGCCGAGCUGGAGGCCGGUACAGAAGCCAAGUCAAUGGUCUGCAAUGAGUGCGGCAAGAAGUUUCGUUCCAUGCAAGCUGCCGAGUUUCACGCAUCCAAGACCGAGCACACUGACUUUUCGGAAUCCGCCGAGGAGAUCGCCCCGUUGACAGAAGAAGAGAAGGCAGCAAGGCUAGCAGAACUUCGAGAAAAGGUCAAAUCCAAGAAGGCCGCCAGCGCCAUCCAAGACAAGGAAGAGGCGAGGCGCAACGAGCAAAUACGCCAAAAGUCGACCAAGGAAACUCAAGAAGCCAAGGAGGAGCUUCAGCGCAAAGAGCAAAUUAAAGAGGCUGCUCGGAAGCGUCAAGAGAAACUUGACGACCUCGAGGCCAAGAGGAGAAUCAAGGCCAAGAUUGAAGCUGACAAGGCAGAGAGGAAGCGGAAGGCCGACGAGGCCAAGGCAGCGCGGGAAGGCAAGGCGGCACCAGUGGCCGAGUCAAAGCCCAGCGCGGCUCCGGCAGCUCCCAAGGCCAAAGUUGAUCACGAUCAAGCCAGACUGAGGCUACAGACUGCGUCUGGAAACAUCAUGAAGACACUUCCUGCCGAAACAACGCUGUUUGAAUUGGCGGAGCAGCUCAAGACCGAGACAGGGACUACUGUCACGAGCUUCUCUACUACAUUUCCCAAAAAGACUUUCGAGGGAGACGUCGACAUGUCCAAGACACUGAAAGAGGCAGGCUUCGUGCCUUCAUCCGUACUCAUUGUGAAAUAGGCUGGUUCAGAGGUUAGAGGGGUACGCACAGCCUGGUGUUGGAGUGCUGGGACAGCUAGCGAAAUAUCAAAGAAAUAACCAUCGAGUCACGCAUCACCGUCACACUUGAGGAGAAAC